AUGAAGACUGGGAAUGACACAGUGGUGACAGAGUUCAUUAUUCUGGGCUUAACAGAGGAUCCUACACUUUGUUCCAUCUUCUUUGUGCUUUUUCUAGGAAUCUAUGUUUCUACUGUAUUUGGCAAUAUAAGUAUAAUCAUGUUAAUCCAAAGAAGCCCUCAACUUCAUACCCCCAUGUACCUCUUUCUCAGCCAUUUGGCCCUUGUGGACAUUGGGUAUUCCACAUCAGUCACACCUGUAAUGAUUGUGAGUUUCGUAAGAGAGACAACUACUAUCCCUGUGGCUGGCUGCAUAGCCCAACUUGGCUCUGAUGUUGUCUUUGGUACAGCCGAGUGCUUCCUGCUGGCUGCCAUGGCUUAUGAUCGCUAUGUGGCCAUCUGCUCACCUCUGCUCUACUCCACCCUCAUGUCUCCCAGGGUUUGCAUCAUCUUACUGGUUGCUUCCUACUUGGGUGGGUGCCUGAACGCCUCAUCGUUUACCAGCUGUUUACUGAGUCUGACUUUCUGUGGACCAAAUAAAAUCAACCAUUUCUUCUGUGACCUGCCACCCCUGGUAAAGCUUUCUUGUACCCAUAUUUACAUUGCUGAAAUAUCUCCUGCCAUCUCAGCGGGGUCAAUCAUUGUAAUCACGCUGUUUACCAUCAUCAUCUCAUAUCUCUACAUCCUCCACUCCAUCCUGAAGAUGCGCUCCACAGAAGGACGCCACAAGGCCUUCUCCACCUGCACCUCCCACCUCACUGCCGUCACAUUGUUUUAUGGGACAGUCACGUUUGUUUAUGUGAUACCAAAGUCAAACCACUCACCUGACCACACUAAAGUAGUAUCUGUGUUCUACACGGUGGUGAUCCCUAUGCUGAACCCCCUGAUCUACAGCUUGAGGAACAAAGAGGUGAAAGAGGCCAUGAAGAAACUGAUGGCGAGAACACAUUCCUCAUUUUGA